GUUUGAGCCGGAAGUCGGAAGUCAGAGUUGCAUGGUGGCGCCAUAAACCCCGGAUUUAUCAAUACACGAUGGUUUCGGAGCUGCAGAAAAGAAAGUGAAACGCAUCUCAUUGACCGCUGCACCAUGCUGACCUGUGAAAUAUGUGGCGAGGAACUCCUGUUGGAAGAGGACAUGAGAACCCACCUGGUCCUCAGCCACCUGGAGCAGGAGCUGCGCUGCCCCCUGUGUUCCCUGUCGGGGGUGUCCUAUGAUGAGCUCUGCUUCCACAUCAGCUGUGCACAUCCGGAGGAGCAGCCCGGAGCACAAGGUCCCGCUGGCUUUGUGCCCCCGUCCGGCUGCUCUGCUGGAACUGAGACACCCCAAUCCUGCUCGGCUGAGGGCAGCCGGGUUACACCCCCCGCUGCCUCUAGCGUCCCCACAGACUCGGUGCUAGCUCAACACAACAAGGCACUAGAUGCCGGGGGUUCGCCACCUGGGGAGACUGCAACAGCACGGACCGCUAAAACAAGUCCAGAGUGUGUUGCGCCCUGUAAUGAGGACAAUGAUGGAGUUAAAGCCAAACAAUACCGGCUGUCUGUACCAAGAAAAGAGAAGCUGUUCUCCUGCCCCAUGUGUGCUCUCGUGUGCAGCAGCUGUUUCCUCCUGCAGGAGCAUGUGGAGUUGCAUCUGCAGGAACAGCGCUCCCAUGAAGGGUCAGCACCGGAGGCGUGUUCACCAGCCAGGACAUCGCCGGCAGCCAGCAGUCGCUCAGGAGAGCGGAGAUUUGAGUGCCCCAUGUGCUCUGUGGUCUGCAGUGACAGCUUCUCUCUGCAGGAGCAUGUGGAGCUGCAUUUAGACCACGCAAAUGCGCAACACAUGCUUGGGUGUCCUGAAGCCGUCCUGUGUGCUGUGUUUGUGCAGAGGCAGUUUGGUCUGGACGGCGGGGGGGGCUACAGCAGACAGAUGGAGAGGACCAUGGAGAGAGCAGUGGCCCGGGGCCUCAUGGCCCCCGCAGAGUUCCACUGUCAGAGGGCUGAGAUGAUGGAGUCUCUGGCCUCAGGGGUUGACGAUGGCAGAACCAGAACUCGGGGUGUGCUCCGAGCGCUGUACGAGUACUACCAGACCGAGUGCGGAGACAGUGUCCACGUGUGGCUGAGCGCGGACACGGACCACUACUGCUCCUCGGCGGGGGACAAAGGCUGGGGCUGCGGCUACAGAAACCUCCAGAUGCUGCUCUCCUCGCUGCACACAAUCGAUGCAUUCGCCGCCCUCCUACAAGAGAAGGCCGUGCCCAGCAUCCCCCGGCUGCAGCGUAUGAUCGAGGACGCUUGGAAAGAAGGGUUGGAUCCCAACGGCGCGUCCCACUUCAACCAGCGGCUGCAGGGAACACGAGCCUGGAUCGGCGCCACAGAGAUCUACGCCCUCCUCACCUCUCUGGGAAUCAGUGCUCGCAUCAUGGACUUCCAUCAGCCGAGCGGCCCAGGCGGCACCCACCCGCGGCUCUUUGACUGGGUCAAGCAGUACUUCCAGCAGUCCAGCAGGAGCAGCAGACUGCCCCCCCGACUCGUGCACACCUCCAUGCCCCCGCUGUACCUGCAGCACCAAGGUCACAGCCGCUCCAUCGUGGGCCUGGAGCAGAAGAAGAACGGGAGCCUGUGCCUUCUGCUUCUGGACCCCGGCACCUCGGCGUCAGACACCAGGAAGCUGCUGAGCAGGGACAGCGUCUCCCACGCCGUCCGCCACGUCCGCAAGUUCCCCGGCAGCCUGAAGCACAAACAGUACCAGGUGGUGGCGGUGCAGGGCACGCUGUCUGCUGAGGAGAAACAGAUCAGCAUCUUAAACUCGAGGACAUUACGCGCUGAAAGGAUCCCCUGAACAGGAACUUCUUUAUCUCUUCUAUCCGCUUUUACUGUCAACAUACUUUUGAUUUCAGGAAGUAUUUAAUGUAUUCAUUUGCUAAUAAAUGUUGUAAUGUAGCCUUAUUUAUGUUUUUAAUAAACUGUGUUCCCUCCAUGCUG